UGACAUUCUUUUUUCACCAAACAUCUCAUCAUCGUUCAACUUCUUCUUCCCAUUCAUACGUUCUGAAAUCAUGGCCACCAAGAAGAUCUUUGGCUUCGUGCUCGUGAUCAUGUUUCUCUUUAGUUCCACCUCGGCUAAACUAUACAACGUCGGUGGUGACUAUGGAUGGACUGUCAAAGACGACUCUUGGGCUGAAAAUAAGCAAUUCCACGUCGGAGAUUCCCUCGUCUUCGAAUACGAUCAGAACGUCAACGACCUCGCUCAAGUUUCCAGCGCUUUAGAGUAUGAUUCAUGCGAUGCCUCUUCUCCUAAAGUUGUUUACAACACCGGAUACGAUGUCGUAACCUUCAAGGAACCAGGACAUCAUUACUUCAUCACCUCAAAUCAUAUUCAAUGCGUCAACGGACUUAAACUCGACGUUCUUGUCGUCCAUGGCACCUCACGUCCAAUUCCUUCAUCACCACCACCACCGAGCAAGAACCAUGAACCGUCACGUCCGAUUCCUCCACCACCACCAAGCAAGAUGGGAAGGAUCUACAAGUUUUUGNACCAUGAACCGUCACGUCCGAUUCCUCCACCACCACCAAGCAAGAUGGGAAGGAUCUACAAGGUAGGUGAUUCCAAAGGAUGGAGCGUCUACACCAGUUACUACUAUUACAAGUGGAGUAAAAAUAAACAAUUUCGUGUUGGAGAUACUCUCUAUUUCGAGUACAACAAGGACCUCAGCGACGUUAGAGAAAUCAGCGAUGAUCUUGAGUUCAAAUCAUGUGAAUCAAAUUCUACCGUAGCCGUGUACAAGACCGGACACGAUCUCGUUAAGCUCACUAAACCAGGAGUGCAUUAUUUUGUAAGCUUAAAGACCGGUCUUUGUCAGGCUGGCAUUAAGCUUCGAGUCACGGUGCAACCAUCAACCGAAGAUGUUACUUUGCCCGAUGUUCCCAAGAAGCUCUCACCUAUUAACCGCUGCAACAGGUGGAGGUGGUGGUUAUGCAUUAUCAGACCUCAUCACUAA